GCGCGCUGUCUCAACAGCAAAUGGUGUCACAGCCGUCUGAUCCAUCCAACCUCACCGCUCACAACCACCGCCGGGUGCAAGCGGGGUCGAGACGAGCUUGCAUUCAAAGACACAUCCUCACUGUGCAAGUCUCUGCGGCGCACCUAAUGAACUAGCUGGAGAGAGUGCCGUCGGCACUUGUUCCCCAAUUGCUAUUAUGGAGGUAAACGCCACCGCUGGGCCCAUCACCAUCGGUACACUGCACACGGCGUUGCGAGUAACGCUGUACUCGAUCGAGCAGCUCUCUGCGAAUUAUGCACACUGGAGCUCCCUUGCGCCAGGGCUAGUGCACGGCCCGCCACCUCCGUCCCCAUUAUCAGGGUCACCGUCGCCGAAUCUCGACGUCCCCAUCAUUGGUGAUGUCUGGAAUGAGAUACGAGAAGACCACUCGUCGCGGCAUCGCGCAGAGGGCAUAAAGGGUUUGAGAUGUCUGCGUCUGAGCAUCAAGCGCGAGCUGGAGUACCUGGAAAAGUUCGCUCUCGACCGGUACCUCGAAAUGCAUGAGUCGCUUCCUCCCAUGCCGGCAACCGAUCCGUCCGACAUACUUUUCUCAUCGUCUCAGAGAGGAGAUGACGCUAUUCCUGGAAAUAACGACGCCGCACCCCCACCGCUGGACACGUACCUCACGGGCAUAGAAGCCCCGGCAAGCUCGAACGCCCCAUCGCUCUGCGCGCACUGGGAGCACCUUCUUUUUCCUGCUCUCACUUCAGGAUGUUUGAGCGAGCUCGGUGCCACUCUUCCAGUCCGCGUAUCUGAAGGCAAACAGCUCAAAGGCAAGAAAGCGCGGCAAGCAGCAAAAAAUAGCAAACAGCAAGGCAAAGAUUCAACCAUUGCCAAAGUCGACGCAAUUUACAACCAGCAAUUCGCUCCCGUUGGCUUGAUACGUCAGCGUUGGGUCAAGAUCGUCACUAUUAAAGAGAGUGCUCUUCUUUCCGAAUUCAGGCUGUGGGAAAGCUACAUCGAGCCGGAUGAUGGCA